UAAUAGCUGUGAAAAUUCCAACAUGACUGAGUUCGGUGUAGUCGAGGGGAAGACCUUUUUAAUCACCGGUGGUGCUUCAGGGCUAGGCGCCGGUUACGUGGAAUUGUUCCUUCAAGAUGGCGCCAAGAGUGUGGCCAUUUUGGAUAUAUCUGAGCAAACUGGGAAACUAUUUACGGACAAAUUAAACAAGGCAUAUCCUGGCAAAGUGAUAUUUUUGAAAUGUGAUGUCAGCAAUGAAGAAUCUUUGACAGAGGCGUUUAACGUAGUGGUCGACAAGUUUGGAACUGUGGAUGUAGUCAUCAACAAUGCUGGGGUCAUGAAUGAUUCUCCGAACAUAUGGAGGAAAGCGAGUGAUGUGAACUAUCAAGGAAUGGUUUCCCUCACAUUGAAGGCUCUGAAACACAUGAGUAAAGAGGAAGGAGGCAAAGGAGGCACCAUUAUAAAUGUGUCUUCUGCACUAGGUUUUACCAGAUACCCAUUUCUACCCAUAUACUCUGGAUGUAAAGCUGGUAUCUUACACUUCAGCUACAGUAUUGCGAUGGACCCCUUCCAUGACCAAACCGGUGUAAGGAUAAUAAUUAUGUGCUAUGGAGGUACUGACACACCAUUACUUCACAAUAUGGACAAGCUGUCAUACAAUGAAAAGCGUGGAGAGGAGAUGAACAGCUCGAUUGACCCUGAAACCAUUCAAAGACCUGAAUCAGCAAUAAAAGGACUUGUAGAAGCAUUCAAGCGAGGAUCUAAUGGGACCAUAUGGUUUUCAGCAGCCAACAGACCAGUUGAGGAUAUUACCCCAGUAAUUAGUAAAGCAUAUGAGAUGAUAGAAAAUGCUUGCCCUUGGAAAUAAUAUGUAUAAAAAUAAAUUUCUAAAGUGUAUACCAA